CAUAGGCUAGGAAGCAAAGCUUGAGAAACUUGACGUUGUCUUGGGCUGAGUGCGUGUAGCAACAGAUCAAAGAAAAAGAGGAAGAAAACGUGCUCUCAGCUGCCGGGGGAUCUCGCUGAGUUGCUUUUGUCUUGCGGGCUUCUGUUGGCUUUGGUGUUUCCCCCUGGAAGACCGCUGCGUGGGCUUCGAGGCGGCUCGCUCCCUGCCGGAUGGGUGAUGGAAGUCUAAACAUGAGGCAGAUAGCUGAUCAGCUUCCUUGGAUUUUGCUGAUGACCCAGGAGAGCUUUGCCUGAAGAUGGAAACACUGGAGUCGGAGCUGACCUGCCCUAUUUGUCUGGAGCUCUUUGAGGACCCUCUCCUGCUCCCCUGUGCACACAGCCUCUGCUUCAGCUGCGCCCACCGCAUCCUGGUGUCACACUGCGCCACCAACGAGUCCGUGGAGUCCGUCACUGCCUUCCAGUGCCCCACCUGCCGACAUGUCAUCACGCUCAGCCAGCGAGGUCUAGACGGGCUCAAGCGCAACGUCACCCUGCAGAACAUCAUCGACAGGUUCCAGAAAGCUUCUGUGAGCGGGCCCAAUUCCCCCAGCGAGACCCGCCGGGAGCGGCCGUUCGACGCCAACAGCAUGACUUCGGCCGAGAAAGUCCUCUGCCAGUUCUGUGACCAGGAUCCUGCCCAAGACGCCGUGAAGACCUGUGUCACUUGUGAAGUGUCCUACUGUGACGAGUGCCUGAAAGCCACUCACCCGAACAAGAAGCCCUUUACAGGCCACCGUCUGAUUGAGCCCAUCCCGGACUCGCACAUCCGGGGGCUGAUGUGCCUGGAGCACGAGGUUGAGAAGGUGAAUAUGUACUGCGUGACCGAUGACCAGUUAAUCUGUGCCUUGUGUAAACUGGUCGGGCGGCACCGAGACCAUCAGGUGGCAGCUUUGAGUGAGCGCUAUGACAAAUUGAAGCAAAACUUAGAGAGUAACCUCACCAACCUUAUUAAGAGGAACACGGAACUGGAGACGCUGUUGGCUAAACUCAUCCAAACAUGUCAACAUGUGGAGGUCAAUGCAUCACGUCAAGAAGCCAAAUUGAUGGAGGAGUGUGAUCUUCUUAUUGAGAUCAUUCAGCAAAGACGACAAAUUAUUGGAACCAAGAUCAAAGAAGGGAAGGUCAUGAGGCUUCGCAAACUGGCUCAGCAGAUUGCAAAGUGCAAACAGUGCAUUGAGCGGUCGGCAUCACUCAUCUCCCAAGCGGAACACUCUCUGAAGGAGAAUGAUCACGCGCGUUUCCUACAGACCGCGAAGAAUAUCACUGAGAGAGUCUCCAUGGCAACGGCAUCAUCCCAGGUGCUAAUUCCUGAAAUCAACCUCAACGACACAUUUGACACCUUUGCCUUAGAUUUUUCGCGAGAGAAGAAAUUGCUAGAAUGUCUGGAUUACCUUACAGCUCCCAACCCUCCCACAAUCAGAGAAGAGCUCUGCACGGCUUCCUAUGACACUAUCACCGUUCACUGGACCUCCGAUGACGAGUUCAGUGUGGUUUCCUACGAGCUCCAGUACACCAUAUUCACCGGACAAGCCAAUGUUGUGAGUCUGUGUAACUCGGCCGAUAGCUGGAUGAUCGUGCCCAACAUCAAGCAGAACCACUACACCGUCCACGGUCUGCAGAGCGGCACCAAGUACAUCUUCAUUGUCAAGGCCAUCAACCAGGCGGGCAGCCGCAGCAGUGAGCCUGGGAAGUUGAAGACAAACAGCCAACCAUUUAAACUGGACCCCAAAUCUGCACAUCGCAAGCUAAAGGUGUCCCACGAUAACUUGACAGUAGAACGUGAUGAGUCAUCAUCCAAAAAGAGCCACACGCCUGAACGCUUCACCAGCCAAGGCAGCUAUGGCGUAGCUGGAAACGUGUUCAUUGACAGUGGCCGGCAUUACUGGGAAGUGGUCAUAAGCGGAAGCACAUGGUAUGCCAUUGGCCUCGCUUACAAAUCAGCCCCGAAGCAUGAGUGGAUUGGCAAGAACUCUGCUUCAUGGGCGCUGUGCCGCUGCCACAAUACCUGGGUGGUGAGACACAACAGCAAGGAGAUCCCCAUCGAGCCAGCCCCCCACCUCCGGCGCGUCGGCAUCCUGCUGGACUACGAUAACGGCUCCAUCGCUUUCUACGAUGCCUUGAACUCCAUCCACCUCUACACUUUCGACAUCACAUUCUCGCAGCCUGUGUGCCCCACCUUCACUGUGUGGAACAAAUGUCUGACCAUCAUAACCGGCCUCCCCAUCCCAGACCAUCUGGAUUGCACAGAGCAGCUGCCGUGAGCACGUGGCCGCGCGGAGCUGUCUUCCGGGAAAUACAAAGGGUGGUGGCCACCAUUUCGGGGACACAGACAACACAGGCUUCCAGAAUGUGAUUAAAUCUCACCAGAAAGUAGCCAGAAAUCAGCUAAGAUAGGACUCCAAACGGGCGAUUCCUCCCUUUCACUGUGUUUUGUAUCAAGUACAGGCUUUAAUAAUUUCUUCACCUUUUUUUUUUUUUGUAUUUACAGGAAAAUUUAUAGAUUAUUUAUAAAAGGAACAUAACCAGGAUCACAACUCUUAGGAAUUCUCUGGUUUUGCACAUUAGGAGGCCCGUAAGUUUACCAGCCCUUGACCACCUUUAUUUCAGCACAGUCUCUGGGCUCGAGAGAAACGUUCUGUGUGCUUAUCUACCUUCUCACAUCCUAUUUCCUACGGAUCCCGUGGGAGGUCCUGUCACCCCAACACUGCAUAACAGUAUGCAACUAUUUUCAAAAUAAAAAAUAGUUUUGACUCUAGUAGGGAAGUAAACAGGCUUUCUUACUCUGGUUUAUCUUGAAGUGUUCUAACUGUGAUGUCAGAAAAAUUUAUUGGGUCAAGUAGGAUGGAGAGAGCAAGAGAGAGAAUGGAAAGACUUGACUUGGGAGCUUGGAAUCUGCCAUAGUGAAAUCUGUAAUUAAUUACCCUCCGAUGGCUGGUGGGAUGAUGCUGGAAAGAAAGGUUCUGAAACCUUUGGCCACAUAUUGCCCUGUUUUUCCCAGGAUUAAGGAUGCUGGGAGAACAUGAAGAAUGAGAUUGCAGUUGAAAAAAGUCGCCUUGAAUCCUACUGAUUAUUCAAAAAUUCAGGCUGAUUUGCGUUUUCUCGGAAGUGGGAUUCUGUGACAUGAUAGAAAUCUAUUUCCUUUUAAUAGUUUCUUUAGGCCUGUGAAAUUUCUUCACUAUGUUUAAUAGCUGUCCUGUGUCCCCCCUCCCCCGAAUAAUUUUUGUCUCUGGGGCUGAGGAAAUAAACAUUUUCUGUCACAAAUGGCAACACCACUUUGGAUCGAUUUUGCUCUCCAGGACAUCAACACGUGGUCCCAACUGCCACUACCACAUCCAACUGUAAGUCACCUGAAAAACACUUAAUAUAUAUGAGUUGGUAAUGACGAGGGACAUUGCAUAAAGUACUGUUCUCCAGUAUACGUGCCUCAAAAGUUAUUAUAAACAGACCUUUAUUAAACACAUCUUGAAAGAUGUCGAAGUCCCUCUAUAUUCUAGUGUAGGUUACCAUAGAGUUGUAAGAAAAAAACAAAAAAAAAUCAAACUCACUAUUCCCACUCCGGAACCUGCUAGUAGAACCUGCUAACGCCAUGUCAGAUGGGAUGCUUGGCAUGCUGACCUGACACGUUGGAGCGGUCCGUGAAUUAAGACUUUUUUAAGCCAUCCUUGGACUUGGGCCAGGAAUCUGGCAUUGGUUCUACCUUGACGAAGGGCGUGACAUCUAUCAACCAUUUCAUUUGCUAAAAUAUUUAUCUGGGCUGCUGGGUUGGCCGUUUUGACUGAACAGACUGGGGGAUUUAGGCAUUGUUUUUACUGAUUUUGUUUUUGAGCAAAUCAACCAACUGUUUCUUUGAAAUUCGUCCAUAGACCCACUGUUUCAGCAUCGUGUUACGUGAUGACGAGUCUGGACUUCAUGGGUGGCUUCCCCGGUGCUCCUGCCUCUUCAUUGGCAGAUGCGCUCCUUUUUCUUAACAGAUUCUAUAUAUUUACUAUAUUAUUUAUACCCAGAUGAAUAUUUUGACAGCGACUUAGGACAAUUUCACAUCUAAAAGAUGGACGCCUCAAUGGAAAAAAAACAUUAAUCAUUCUCUGGAAACUUAAUGGGAUUUUUUUCUUCUUACACUAUAAAAACAAUGUGCAUUGGCCUUCCCUGAAUAAACCAAAAGGGUUGGCUUAGUAAUUUUUACAUACUUUUUUGGUAGCUGAAUAAUGGAUAUCUUCGUGCACUUUGUACACUAACAGGUUUUAAAUAAAAGGGUCUAAAACUCAGCUUCUGAGGUUCUUAAAAUCAUGGUCUCCAGGUACAAUAAAUGCUCCAGUUUGCCUUAUGAUGUUAAUCUAAAGCAUUUACGAGGACAAUAUUUCCAUGAAUUAUAAUGCUUUUCAAUAUAAAGAACUUACUACUCCAACUUUCACUGAAAGCCAUUUAGGUUAUGUUUUGGCUAUUUU